AUGCCUCGUUCCAAAAGAUCCAAAGUCGUUUCUCUUACUAAAACGGAGAAGAAAACAAAGGCCCACAAGGAGGAACUCAUUUCUCAGAGUACCGCAAGAAAGAUACGAGAAAAUGCUCAAAAGUGGAAAUAUGCUUGGGUGUUCUCAGUGGGUGAUAUGCGCAACGCAGCACUAAAAGAUAUUCGGACACAAUGGAAAGGUACCGGGCGAAUGUUCUGCGCACGAAACACCGUCAUGGUUAAAGCCAUCGGGUCUACCCCGGAGGAAGAGGUUAGGCCUGGUCUUCAUGUGGUCACAAAAUACAUACACUCCGGAGCGGGGAUAUUCUUCACCGACUGGGAUCCAAAGGAGACACUUGAAUGGUUCAAGGACUACAAAAAGCCGGAUUUUGCUCGUGCUGGAAAUGUAGCUACAAGGGAGGUUGUACUCCCCGAAGGCCCUGUCUGUGAUCAGACGCCUUCUCCCGACCCACCCACCCCACUCGCACACGCCCUUGAGCCUCGACUACGACAACUUGGCCUCUCGACCCGAUUAGUCCGUGGAGUACCUACUAUUAGCGCACCCCAUGUCGUUUGUAAAGAUGGACAACAACUAACGGCGGAGCAGGCUGCUCUCUUGCGACUCCUUGGAAUUCAAAUGACAGAGUUCCGAAUAAAAUGCAUUUGCUGGUGGGGAGAGGAGGAAGGCCUUACCGAGCUAGAAGCUGAUACCCAAGCAGCGUCGGGUGGUGAGGAUGAAGGUGAGAGUGAAAACGACGAUAUGGAUUCGUGA